GGUGACAGCCUAGAGAGGCCGAUACCAGCCUGGAGGGGAACCAAGGCUUCCGCUCAGCGGAGAGGCAAGAUGGCCACGGCUGGGGGCGGCCCUGGAGCUGACCCGGGAAGUCGGGGUCUUCUUCGCCUUCUGUUUUUCUCCGUGGCUCUGGCAGGUUUGUGUCGGGGAAACUCAGUGGAGAGGAAGAUCUACAUCCCCUUAAAUAAAACAGCUCCCUGUGUCCGUCUGCUCAAUGCCACUCAUCAGAUUGGCUGCCAGUCUUCAAUUAGUGGGGACACAGGGGUUAUCCACGUAGUGGAGAAAGAAGAGGACCUGCAGUGGGUGCUGACAGACGGUCCCAAUCCCCCUUACAUGGUUCUGCUGGAGGGCAAGCUUUUUACCAGGGAUAUAAUGGAAAAGCUGAAGGGGAGAACCACCCGAAUUGCUGGUCUUGCAGUGACUUUAGCCAAGCCCAAUUCCACUUCAUUCCACUUCUCUCCUAGUGUGAAGUGCCCAAAUGAUGGGUUUGGCAUUUACUCCAACUCCUAUGGGUCAGAGUUUGCUCACUGCAGAAAAGGGCUGUGGAAUGAUCUGGGCAAUGGCUUAGCUUAUGAAGACUUCAGUUUUCCCAUCUUUCUUCUUGAAGAUGAGAAUGAAACCAAGGUCAUCAAGCAGUGCUAUCAGGAUCACAACCUGAGUCCGAAUGGCUCUGCGCCAGGCUUCCCACUGUGUGCCAUGCAGCUCUUCUCGCACAUGCACGCCGUCAUCAGCACUGCCACGUGCAUGCGGCGCAGCUUCAUCCAGAGUACCUUCAGCAUCAACCCAGAAAUCGUCUGUGAUCCCCUGUCUGACUACAAUGUGUGGAGCAUGCUUAAGCCUAUAAAUACAUCUGGGACAUUAGAGCCUGACGACAGGGUUGUGGUUGCUGCCACCCGGCUGGAUAGCCGGUCCUUUUUCUGGAAUGUGGCCCCCGGGGCAGAAAGUGCUGUAGCCUCCUUCGUCACCCAGCUGGCUGCAGCUGAAGCGUUGCAGAAGGCGCCUGAUGUGGCCAACCUGUCCCGCAAUGUCAUGUUUGUCUUCUUCCAGGGGGAAACUUUUGACUACAUUGGCAGCUCAAGAAUGGUCUACGAUAUGGAGAAGGGCAAGUUUCCUGUACGGCUAGAGAACAUAGAUGCGUUUGUGGAGCUGGGACAGGUGGCCUUAAGAACUUCACUACAGCUCUGGAUGCACACAGAUCCCAUGUCUCAGAAAAAUGAGUCUGUGCGGAACCAGGUGGAGGAUCUCCUGGCCACACUGGAGAGGAGUGGUGCCGAAGUCCCUGAUGUCAUCCUCAGGAGGAUAAAUGAGUCCCGGCCCCUCCCACCAUCUUCUCUGCAGCGAUUUCUUCGAGCUCGAAACAUCUCUGGUGUUGUUCUGGCUGACCACUUUGGUUCUUUCCAGAACCGCUUUUACCAGAGCAUUUAUGACACUGCUGAGAACAUUAAUGUGAGCUACCCUGAGUGGCAGAGCCCAGAAGAGGACCUGAACUUUGUGACAGACACUGCCAAGGCCCUAGCAAAUGUGGCCACAGUGCUAGGACGUGCACUGUACGAGCUUGCAGGAGGAACCAACUUCAGCAACAUGGUUCAGGCUGAUCCCCAAACGGUCACACGCCUGCUCUAUGGGUUUCUGGUUAGAGCCAACAACUCAUGGUUCCAGUCUAUCCUCAGACAGGACCUACGGUCUUACUUGGGUGAUGGGCCUCUUCAACAUUACAUCGCUGUCUCCAGCCCCACCAACACCACUUAUGUUGUGCAGUAUGCCUUGGCAAAUCUGACUGGCAAGGUGACUGACCUCACCCGAGAGCAGUGCCAGGAUCCAAGUAAAGUCCCAAAUGAAAACAAGGAUCUGUAUGAGUACUCAUGGGUGCAGGGCCCUUUGAGCUCCAAUGAGACGGGCCGACUCCCACGGUGCGUGCGUUCCACAGCUCGGCUAGCCAGAGCCCUGUCCCCUGCUUUCGAACUGAGUCAGUGGAGCUCCACCGAGUACUCCACAUGGACUGAGAGCCGCUGGAAAGAUAUCCGAGCCCGCAUAUUCCUCAUCGCCAGCAAAGAGCUCGAGCUGAUCACCCUGAUGGUGGGUUUCGGCACCCUCCUCUUCUCUCUCGUCGUCACCUACUGCAUCAAUGCCAAAGCCGAUGUCCUUUUCAUCACCCCGCGAGAGCCCGGAGCCGUGUCUUACUGAGGAGAACUCCGGUGCUCCCUGCCAGCUCUGCACCUCAUCUCCUACAUCAGUUGUCCCACUGGGAACACACCACUAAUUUGUCACUGGACUCUCUCUGGGCCUGUCUCAGACUGGGAUUAACAUAAAGGAGUGGAACUGUAAGUGGAGGCCGUGAGAGAUAAACAAGUUGCCUCCCUUUUCCCAGUUUCUUUCCUCUUUCUUCUUCCUUCCCUGUCCUCAUGAGAUACUGGGCUUAUGAUCGAAGCUUCCUGUUCCUGUUUAACUCCCCAAUUACCCACCCUCACCUGCCCUUCCUAAGGACACCUCCUCUCUUUCCAUCCCGCCCUGUACCUCCCUCUGCUCCCAGUGUCACCCCCAUCUCACCUCCUGUCCCCAGCCACCUACUGGACCAGGAAGAAGGACAUGAAGAAUUGAGCAUAGGGAUCAAACUACAGUGAGCCUCCGAGGAGGAAGUGGCCUCUGGCCUGAGUCCACUGUCUCCUUCCAACUGCCCUUUCUCCAGGUCCUCAGAUGGUAUGAUAGGGUGGGCAUGUUGCCGGGUGGGUAUCCCACCUCCAGCCCACAGUGCUCAAUUGUAAUUUUUAUUAUUAAGCUGUAAUAUCUAUUUUUGUUGGUUUGUUUUUCCUUUUUUGUAAAUAUAUAAAUAGCAAAUUUCAUUAAAAUUGUCCCAUACAACUUGUA